CACCACCAUUUUCCACCCUUCUCUACCCCUCCAAUCAAAAAAAUCACCAGCCCCCUUGUGACCCAUCAAUGGCCGACUACGAAAACAAUCACCACCAUCCCCACCAACACCAUCACACCCACCAAAUGAUCCCCAAAGAAACAGCAUUAGAAGCAUUAAACACCAUAAUCCAGCUCCAUUUCGAGAAGACCCUAGAAAAGAAACGAGCCAUAGACCUGCAAAAAAAGGAGCUUCACAAGCUUUUCCAACUCUUCUUCAUCUUCCUGGGUCUAGUUUUAAUGGCCCAGACUCAAUCGAGCAGGCUCCAGUGCCGGCACUGCUGGGUCCCUAUCACGCUUCUCUCCUUCGCACAUCUAAUCUUCUACGCUUCGGUGGCUCAGACGCUGAGAUGCAUCAAUGGGUUUAAGUACCAGAGAAGGUGCCAUAAACUGACUCUAGGGUUGGCGACGGAGAAGUUGAGGGAGAUGAAGAUGAGGAUGAACAAUGGAGAGUAUGUGGGUGGUGGGGAAGAGGAAGAAGAACUUGAGAUUCAUUAUCAGGAGCCACCGGAGAGUUAUUUUGGUAAGUUUAAGAGGAACUGGGCUCUGCAUUUUGGGUUUUUGAUUCUUAUUUACAGCUUCAUGGUUUCUUCAUCUGUUGUGCUUCUUUGCUUUUGAGAAUUUUUUUUUUUUUUUUUUUUUUU